AUGGCAGCAGUGGCGGUCGCGGCGACUGGCUGGCCGUGGGCGCAGGCGGCACCAGAGGAGCCUGCGAGUGCCAACAAGCAGACGCGAGCGAGGCAGCAGCAGAUGGAGGCAACACCGAGGCUCGCAUCGCAGGCCGAGCAGAGCAACACCACGGGGCCGACAGAGGGCAACUGCGCGGCCUUGCUGGCGGCACGAGACAAGGCGGCCAAGCUGUUCACCAGGACGCUCAACAAGGGAGAGUACUACGAGCGCGACUUCAUGUGGAUGCGGUGUCGCUACCAGAUGGAAAACAACCUGUUCGACUUCGGGGGCAGCUGGCCAGGCCCUGAUGGCCGUGAUCUCUUCGCUUUCCUCGAGGAGAAGACCGACGGCGACGUGCGCGAACUCGCCUUCGACUACGUCAACGCCCGCAACGCCGAAUGGGGCAGCUGGGGCGGCUGGGGCGAUGCCACGGCCAUGUUGCAGUUGUGGGGAGGGGUGAGCAGCUCCGCGUCCGUUGAGCAUUUGAACAUAUUGGUCGCCUUCAUGAUCCAGUUUGGCCAGCUUGUCGCCGAGCGAGAACGGCGCACCUUUUACGUCGUCGGCUGUCCCGCCGGCGCACCCAAUGGCACGUAUUUCCGGGGCUGGGGCGUCGAGAAGAAAGGCAUAGCCAGCUAUUUCACCGGGGGGGCCGACAAUCACUGGUCCACGGGCGGCAACUGA